CAGGAAACCCCGUCGCAGCCUCUUCCCUUCGCUGUCCAGCACGCAAGAUGCCAGGGAUCACAGUGAAAGACGUCAACCAGCAGGAAUUUGUCCGAGCCCUGGCGGCUUUCCUGAAGAAGUCAGGAAAGCUGAAGGUGCCUGACUGGGUGGACCUCGUCAAGCUCGGCAAGCACAAGGAGCUGGCCCCCAGUGAUGAGAACUGGUUCUACAUCAGAACUGCAUCCACAGUCCGCCAUCUGUACCUGCGUGGAGGGGCUGGUGUUGGCUCCAUGACCAAGAUCUAUGGAGGUCGCAAGAGGAACGGUGUGUGUCCUGCCCAUUACAGUGUAGGAUCCAAGAACGUGGCUCGCAAGGUGCUGCAGGCCCUGGAGCUGCUCAAGAUGGUCGAGAAGGAUCCCAACGGUGGUCGCAGACUCACCUCCCAGGGAACCAGAGACCUGGACAGAAUUGCCGGCCAGGUUUCAACUGCAAGCAAGACAGCCGCAAAAAUUAUUAUUGCAGCUCAAUAAAUCUUUUUUGGAAAAGUGGAA